AAACGUCCUCCUUGAGUUUGGCUGAAUCCUGCGUCUCUGCACUAAAGCUCGGGUUUGUUGUGAGGCGCAUGAAGACGUUUCGGGUCGUAGACCCGAAUAACUGGAUAACUUGUGGAUCGGGACUUGCUGCAAGAACUUGGCGGUGUCAGGAUGGUUUGGGGACUAUAUGCGGGAUAUCUGGAGGGCUUUGUGACAAACUGAAUCUUCUUUACGCAAGAUGCUUGACGCCACGCACAUUUUCUGAUGCUCCGGUGUGGCCAUGAAACGGUGACCGCAGGCUGCGCAUCUUGCGCGCAGCGUGCGCAAACCUCUGGGCACCUCAGGCGGACAGAGUAAAUCAAUGUGGCAUCUCCCGAGACCCGAUACCAUACGACGAUACGACGCGCCCAGAACUGUGUAGGUUGUCGUAUGUUCACAUCGAAACGCUCGGGUCUCGUGCGGCGACUGUGGAGAAGCCGUCUGGUUACAGAGAGCGAUGGGAGGGAGGGAGGCCGGCGAGGUGAGGGGGCACGCAAACACGGAAAGGAGCAGCGGUCUGUGACCCGCGCUGACCCGGCUCCCGGUCUCACGGAGGUGACGGAGAAGGAGGACGAGGAGCAGCCGAAUGGUGCCAUGUGCGUCAAGGAGGCCGGUGCGCGGGCGCACGACGGCGACAGGAGGACGGUGACGUGUUGUUUGUUUGGCGAAUGGGACCUUAGACCUCGCGGCCCUUAUUGGGCCAUGAGGAAAGACGGAGAGCGUCCUGGUCAGUGCGCGCACAGACACGCGGGGAUGGAGGAGGAGCUGGCGAGCGCUGCUCACGCGUUUCUGAAGAGACUCAAAGAGAGAUCUCUGGACGCGCUGCUGAAGGCUGUGGAGACCAAUGGAGGGGUGCAGAGCGAGUGCGUGAUGGUGCCGCGCACCGACCACAUCCCUCCACAGUAUCUCUUGUGUAAACUGUACCGUUGGAGCGACCUGCAGCACCCGGCGCGCCUCAAAGCGCUGUGCCACUGCCAAAGCUUCGGCGCGGUGGAUAGCGCAAAGGUGUGCUGCAACCCCUAUCACUACAGCCGUCUCUGUGGGCCAGACUCCCCUCCUCCUCCAUAUUCCCAUUCAGAUGAACACAAGCCACUGGAUUUAAUGCUGUCUUACACUGAAACUGCGGCCCCUCUCUGCCCCAACCCACCUCGCAUCAUGCCAGACUAUACAGACACUGGGACCUCUCUCGGUUCCUCGACUUCCAGUGGCCAUCGCUCUCAUUGGUGCAGUGUUGCCUAUUGGGAAGAGCGGACACGUGUGGGUCGCCUGUAUCCAGCCUAUGAAUCCUCGUUCAGCAUCUUCUAUGACCUACCUCAGGGCACAGGCCUUUGCCUUGGCCAGCUCCACAACAACGCCUACACCAGUCACCGUGACAACAGUCGUGGCAUGUCAGGUCUCCACUACAGUGGAAGUGGAGGGACUACCAGCAGCAGUAUGGCUAGUUGUAUACAACAGAUACGCAGUAAAAUUGGCUACGGUAUAACACUGAGCCGUGAGCCAGAUGGCGUGUGGGUGUACAACCGCAGUCAGCACCCGGUGUUUGUCCACUCACCCACUCUGGACCCACCCGGUGCUCGAGGGCUUAGCGUAACGAGGGUGACAUCAGGCUUUUCCCUGAAGGUGUUUGACUAUGAACACUCCAACUGGAUGGCCAUGCACGGUGUGAAGCCAGAGAGCCAGGAGGGGCCAUGGGACCCCCACAGUGUUCGCAUCAGUUUUGCUAAGGGCUGGGGCCCCUGCUAUUCCAGACAGUUCAUCACCUCCUGUCCAUGCUGGCUGGAGGUGCUGCUGAACAACCACAGAUAACACACACACACACACACACAACACACACACACACACACACACACACACACACACACACACACACACACACACACACACACACACACACACACACACACACACACACACACACACACAAGGUUUCUCAAGCCAAUAUCCUAUUUGUAAUCUACCGAGAUUUAAUAUAAAAUUUAUAUAUUAUGUAACAUAUACUUGUAAAUACUUGAGUCCUUUUACAAUACAAUUAUUUAUGUAUAGUGUAAUGUUUGUAUGGACAAAAUAAAAAAGGAAAAAACAAUUCCAUACCUGCAUUGU